AUGAACUACAGCGACGUGGUCUCCGAGGAUGUGCUCAAAUCCCGCAAUCCAGGCUGUAACUGCACUGAUGACUGCUCGUCUGAGAGUGAAUGUGCCUGUCUAGUACGCUCUUAUGGCCGAAAUUACAGCAUACUAGAGCAUUUGCUGUUACAGGUGCUAAACUGCACAAAUCGCCUGGUCCAAUACUUUACGAACGAUUUUACCGCUCUGCAGGUUUAUGAAACGGCAACAAGGGGUCGCGGAGUCCAAGCUACACGUGACCUAGUUCCAGGCGAGUUUGUGUGCACAUUCAAAGGACUCUAUUUGCCCAUGACCUCAGCGUAUAACGAGGCUGCGCUGCAAUUCAAGCGGUAUGGAGACAUUUACGUCAUGGUUGUCCGGGAGUUUAUAGGCUACGCUCACCGCCUCGUUGUCGAGACAGCAAUUGACGGCACCAGUAUGGAUUGGGAAAUCAAAAAUUACCCACCGCCGUCCGCAUUCAUAAACCAUUCCUGUUGCCCCAACAUGACCGUCGUUCCCGUGCGAGUUGAGACUGACCAACCAAUCUUCGCGUUGUUUGCGACUAAAGAUAUUGAUCUGGGCGAGGAACUCACGUAUGACUACAUCGAAAAGUCAGGCGAACAUAUCAUACCUUCUAGCAAACGGUGUCUUUGUGGGGCUGAAAAUUGUCGGCGAUUGCUUCCACAAUUUAUCUGA